UGGGGCUGAAAACAUUCACUCAAUUGUACAUUAGCACCAGUGCUGCUGCCAUACAAACACGCAAGGCAACAAAAUAAAGAGAGCCGUCAGUGUUUUUUUUUCUUCUUCUCCAUGUUGGUCACGGGCUGAAGAAAGAGAGAGAGAGAGAGAGAGUGAGAGCAAGAGAGAGAGAGAGAGAAAGAGAGAGAGAGCGGGGGAAAGUGAAAUUCUCUCAGGUGAUCCAACAUUCAUGAAAUAAUCUUGGCUUUACUCGCGUUCAGACUUUCACCACUUUCCCACCCCCUGUGGGACUUCAGGUAAGUGAAACGAAAUCUCAUCAUUCAUGAGUUAAUGCAGGCUUUUUUUUACUGAUUCUUAAUUUUCUGUUGAAUUUGUUUUAAAAAAUGAGGCUUUUUGAGGCAUACUGAGAAUAGAGACAUUUUUUUAUGAAUCAAAUCUUUUUUUCUGGAGGUUUUAACUUUAACUUGGACUGAGACUGUUGUUGAUUAAAUCUACAGUUUUCACAUGUGCACUGCAGCUCUUUCUAAAUUUCAUACCUAGAUACAAAGGCAUUUAAAACAAAUAAUAGAGAACUUUAAACUAGUAUCCAAUCAUUUUUGCUGUGACAAUUCACGGUGGAGAAAAUUCGAAUAAAAUUAUGAAAUGUAUUAACUCAAUAAUAAUAGUAUAAUAAAUUAUUAUUCUAUCGACAAAAAUCGAUUGAAUAUGUUGAUUUGUUUAAUGGAUAACUCAUUGUAAUAUGAGCAAAAUUAUAUCUAAGAAAUAUUUCGCGCAGCAUCCCGCGUAAAAACUCUGGUAUUUUUUAAGUUCUGAUUUUUUUAAAAACCAGAAUGUAAAAAAAAAAAUCUGUAUUAAUUUUAAAAUAUGAAAGAUUUUAAGUGUAAAUCUUCAAUCAUUUUAUCUGAUGCAGAUAAACCAUUAUCUACCACAGGCCCGUCAUCUCUCUAGGUGGAUUUGUUUCGUUUUUCCUCUUAGUGAUCCACUUCAUUAAAAUGGAAAUAGUUAAAUUUCGUCCCCACGCUGAGCUCUGCUGCCCAAAUGUGAGCUUGUCUGCAUUCCGCCGCUGCCACAGAGGGGAAUAUGCCCACAGCACACGCACGGGGGACAAACUCUGACUGCAAUCCCCCCUGUUCCUCUAUCCCCUUAGGCUUUCACCCCUAAAAUUGCAACAUCCAGCUCAUUUAUAAUUUGGAUGGAGCGCUCAGGGACCGGAGGGUUAAAUAACUCAACCGUGGCCACCAGCCUAACGCAUGACUUCCCCGCGCGUGCCACCUCUCGACUGUCGUCCAGCUCGCCUCGUGCUCUUGGAAUAUCGAAAUCUCAGCUAAUAGUGAAAGAGAGAGAGAGAGGGCUUGGAUCUGUUUGUAUUUUUCUAUUGUUAUUAUUUUGGGCAAAAUAAACUCGCGUUUUUGCGCAUACAAUGGCGGGUGCGUGCGUUCUGGUUGGGUUGGCUUUGAGGAAUAGGUAAGAUUUUUUUAUUCUAAAACCAAAAAUGGAGCUUGGGCAUUCAAUUCUUUUAAUGUGCAUUUCCUAAAUGUCACAGUUUAGUCGGCUAAAGCAUAGGAAAUGACAGGAAAAGGCAAUCAUGCAUUAAUUUAUUCAAGCCGGAAAGAUAAUGACCGGGCUGACGCACGACUACGGCCAAAAAUGGCUUUUGUUUAGCUCCAAAGCGCAAUUCCUGCAUGCAAAUUAUUGCCUUCCACUUGAGAAGCACAUUCAUUUCAAUAAUCUAAAAAAAAAAAAGGAAAAAUCCCGCCUGCUUUGAUUCCCCGAUAUUACGCAGAGAAGGCAAACAUCUUGCUGUAAAACUGGAUUUUGAUUUUCAUUGAGAAACACUCUGAAUCAAAAGUGUCAAACGUCAGAUACGAAAUGAAUAUGCUACAACUUUCUUUGUUGCCUUUGGAUUGCUUGUCAAACUACGUCUGACUGCUUUGUUCCCGGACUGAAAACUGCACAUAAUGUCAAGUGCUUUUGUAUGGUGGCUCAGAGGUGGAAAAAAAGUGAUGUCUGUUAAUCAGAAACUGGCAUUCUUGAGCAUUUUUUCGUUUCGUUUCCUUUUGUGACUUCUUAUCAUUUGCCCUCUCUGCAACAUCUAACAAUGGCCUUCUUCAAACAAAAGCUGGAAUUAUUUAAAUAAUCCUAAUGUGUGGAUUUUGCUUUUUACUUCUACUUAAUGAAAAUUUCAGAGAUAAAAAGAUGAAUUAUUUCUCAUGUGUCUUUUGUUCCUCUACCAUCUCCUUUUCUUCUCCAGGUGCUUAUCCUCCCUCCUGCUGGUUCUGCAUGGUCAUGACCUGUCAUCACGUCCCUUCCACAACCCACCUCAUCCUAUUUGCCCUGCUCACUGUCACUCCGCAGCUGGCUGGCACCGCCCCUGCGCGGGUUGAGGGAGGGGAGGGAGGGGUGGAGGGGCGCACCCAGACAGACCUAAAAGAGGACAACCUCGCCCCCUUCAUCAUCUCCUCGCCCCCGCCUCAGAGUCUUCUCAGCUCAGACAACAACGCGUCGGUUGACCGGGUCCAAGGUGGAGACGACCAGUCAGAGAAGGCGACGGACCCCGCGCAGGUGCUCGCUGUUCUUUUGGAGGCCUUGGACCACCCGGGGGAGGGUGAAAUCAGAGACUGGGGGGAGGAUCAGAGUCAGGAGCAGCCCUCUGAUGAAGGCUCGGAGGGUGGUGAGAUAAGGAGAACAGGGGAGACAGAGAGGGAGAGGGGAGAGGAGGAGGUGGUGGAGGGGAGGGUUGGGCGAGUGGCUGAUAAGGCUAUUGAACAGCUAAUUGUAGGCCAUUUGACAGCUGCUCAGGGUGAUGACUUAAAAGAAAGAGAUGAGGAGGAUAAGAACUCAAGGUCAGAGGAGGAUCAGGGAUGGUCUGUGGAGGAGGUGGGAUCUGAUAAUUUAAGUAAGGAGGAAGGUGCAGAGGAAGAUGAGGGACAAGAGGAGGGAAAUGAUUUGGAAAGUUUCUUGAACAAAGCUAACCCAAGCUCAGCCCAACAGGGUGACGAUCCGGCCCUGCAGCGAAAAAUUAGAGGCUACUUCCAAAAUAUUGACUUGGGCCUCCAAGACAAUGAGAUCUUGCCUCCUCUCAAGGGCUACAAAGCGUACAACACACAGCUGGCACGAGCCGGGAAGAAGCUGCACUGGCAGGAGAACCAGGCCAGCAACCGACCUGUGAAGGGAGGGAAUUUCAUGGACGACUUCGAGGAUGAAGGAGAGGAGCUGGAGGAGGAGGUGGAAGAAGAAGAGGAGAGCCUCUCCCACAUGGAAGAGGAGGCUAGAGCUCGUGCGGAGAAACAGGAGGUGCUCCGGCAGCAGGAGGAAGCAGAGCGAGCCAGAGAGGAGGAGCAGAGACUGGCAGACAUCGCCUCAGACAUGCUGCUGCAGUACAUGGGGAGGAAGCAGCAGCAGUCCUACAUGAAGCCGCGGCAGAAAAGCAGCCUGGGCACAGCUGGAAACACAGCCGAGGACAAGCGAUCCGAGGAGGUGAACCAGGACGACGACGACAUGGAUCAGCAAAUGAUCGACCGCCUGAUCGAGAUCAGCAGCAAACUCCACCUGCCGGCUGAUGAUGUGAUUGAGAUUAUCAGUGACGUGGAGGAGAAGAAGAAGAAAAGGAAAGAGUUGCAGCAGCAGCCGAUCAACAGCAACCCGGUUGCUCCUCGCUUCAGGCCUCUGGUACCUCCUCCUCUGGCUGCUCCGCCUAUCUACCACUACACAGCUUCAAAAAACCCCAAGAAAAACCCUUACAGGUACAACAAGUCCAACAAGAAAUGGCACAAGGACAAAGUCAAGUCAUAUAAGCAGGACUACUGGUACAAGCCUGAAAAGCAGCUUGACUACUGGUACAAACCCCAGAAACAGUUUUUAGCCUUCCCCUCCUAUCCGUACUACCAGAAGCCAUAUCGUGCAUAUUACCCCGUUUAUUUCCCGUAUCCCAAACCUCAGUAUUAUGGCAAGCCCUCCCCCUCCAGAGACCAGCCCUUCGGCCCCCAGGAACUUGACCUCCAGGCCCCACGGCGCAGGCACCGGGGCGGGGGUAAGAACCGUGGUCAGGGCUGGAGACAGCAGCCACCGCCACGCCUGCCUCUCACCCCUUAUAUCUCUAACUAUAUCCUUCCUCACCCACGGACCUACCAACCCCUACCUCCACCAAAACCAAUAACCCCACCCAGGAGAGGCAGGCGACCCCCCUACUAUUACCCACAAGCAACGCCGGGAGAUGACUAUGAGGAAGACGGGCUGGUGCCUCAGCUGGACAGUGAGGAGGAGCUGGAAAACUUUAUUGAGAGGAUCUACAUGAAACGCAGAAUGUAUUGAGGGACCUUUUGGACAUUUAUCAGAUCUGAGAGACUGAUAGAGGUGAGAUUAAUGUAAGGUAUUUGGAGAACAGCUAACGAAGCGGUAAAAAUAAAGACGGUGUUUUAGCCUGGUGGAAAUUUAAGGGUCAAGCAGUAAAAAGUCAGAUUUCUGUUGUUUUAAACCACUGUAUUUUCUAUUGAUUUCCUCUACCAGGGAGAGGAUGAAGGUGCCCAGUCUAAGCUCCCUGUAACCAUGUUCAGCCUCUUGCUCAGUUUACAUUGUGAACAGAACAUACCAUAGUGUAUGUCUGCCUCCAUUCAGGUCAAUCUCUGAUGCAUUAUUCAGAGUUUUCUAAAGGAAACACAGACAGACAGACAGAAACAUGCACAGGCACGCACAUGCAUCAACACACCUAUAAUACAAUCACAUUUUUUACACAUUCACAAGCAAAUGUGCCCAUUGCAAGAGAACCAUGUUUACAACAUCACUGUUUAUCUUUGGUUUCAUUUUCUGUAAGUCAAAAUGCAAAACUUGAGUAGAUCCAUGAUUUCUUAGCUGCACAAAUAUGAAGGAAAAAAAAAAGUUAUUAUCAAAUAUUGACACAUAUUUUUGUUAUAUUGGAUGUGAGUAGUUGCCUUCUUAUUCUGGAUUGGAUCAAUUUUAAACAGUUGCAACUUGCGAAGGUGCCAAAUAGACACAAUUUAGUUCGAAGAUUGAGACUUUUGCCUUACAAGUACCAUGGUUCUAUAAGGGAAACAUCAUAACACAUGAUAUUAUCAUCACGACAGGUCCCAAUGUAGAAACCCUGUGGACUCCAAAAGCACAAACUUAACACUAAACACUUCCAAACUGGUGGACAAAAGGGUUUUCAAUCAUUCCGGGAUCCAAAUGUUCUCGUGUCAACACAUCCAUAGAUUCACCAUUAUCAUCAGCAGCAUUACAGGACUGCUUGAAUUUAAAGGAGUCCUUCUUUUUCUUUCACUUUUCAUCUUUAUUCGCUCAUUUUUUAGUUCUUUUGUCAUCAUUUUGCCUCCGAUCAUAUCUCUAUCUUUACUUUCUUUGCAAAAAAAGAAGAAAAUACUUGAAAUUACACUGUAUGUUCUGCAGCCUUUUUAAACCGAUUUCCAACAAGAGGCUACAAACAUUUUAUUCAUUAUCAGAAGAAAAUUCAUCGAGAAGUUUCAGGCCGGGGAGUCAGGGAUUGUGCUUAAACCGUUAAAUGCACGUCUUUCUACUUGCAUCUUAAAAAAUGAACAAAAAAAAAAGAACAAAAAAAGAGAAAAAAUAAAACAGUAUGGGGAAUUCAAGAUGGUUGUUUUCUCUGAAUAAACUGUGAACAUAAAAAAAAUUAAUCUCAAAGGAAGAGGGCCACUGUGUCCGCAGUGAAGCCAUCUGUCUUGUAAAAGGAGAGUGUUGUUGUUGAUGUCACCUUUAGCAUUGUAACAUGUACAGUGUGAAAUAAAUAUGCCCGUGCAAUGUGUAAAUAACAGCAUGAUGAUUACUAGUUUUGCUAUAUGAUAAAAAAUAAAAGCAAUUAUUUUAUUAAAGUUCAGUUUUUUAAUGGCU